AUGACUCGGCAUAAUCAAAUCGCAGAUCAUCAUACCGAUUCUGCAGAAAGACAACUCGCAGGGUUAGCCAUCCAACCCAAAGACGAGGGCGACGGCGAUACCAAUAUGCAGGACCCAGAUCAUUCUGGAACUCAUGAAUAUCCUCCUCCACCCGUCGUCUCUGGGACAAGAGAGAGUGUCGAGCCAGAUUCUUCACAACAACAAGCCGUGCUGCCAUCAGAACGUCUGGAAUCCUACGGGCCCCCUUCCCGUCUCUUCACCGAGACGAUACCAGCCGCCGACCCGGCCUUUUUGCGGUCAUCAUCCGAUUCAGGCGGCGGCACGCAGCAGAAUGUAGCAGCAGCCGCGGCAUCCGGUCCAUCGGCGUGGCGGGAUCCUGAUUAUGCCGUCAAGGCGAAUGCGCUCAUCAACGAGACCCUGGGGCGGCAUCCCGGGGGCACUUCCGUGAUCGAGCCCGAGUCGGUGCUUGGCGACUCCGGGAGGCUCUAUCAUGGAUACAAGGACGGACGGUAUUUUUUGCCCAAUGAUGCCGCAGAGCAAGAUCGUCUUGAUCUACAGCAUCAUCUCUGGUCCCUAGUGUUGGACGGCUGGCUAGCUCUAGCCCCCAUGAAUGAGAUCCCUCGCUACGUCCUCGACGUUGGAACAGGAACAGGCCUCUGGGCCAUCGACUUUGCCGAGCAGAACCCGUCGUCGUACGUGAUCGGGACCGACCUGAGCGCCAUCCAGCCCACGCCGCGGACGCUAAACGUCCACUUCACAAAGGACGACGCCGAGGACGACUGGGUCUUUCCGCUGCCGUUGUCGUCGUCGGCAUCGUCGUCAUCGUCAUCGACGUGCUCCUCCCACGAUAGUAGCCAGCAGGUCCGCCGGAUAUGUUUCGACUACGUACAUUUUCGACUCAUGUUUUCCUGCUUUAAUGACCCACAUUUGGUCCUUAACCAUGCGUAUAACAGCCUUGUGCCCGGCGGCUGGAUCGAGUUCCAGGAGUCGGCGCUGGAAGUAUUUCAGGCGAAUCCUGAUUUUCCAGGUGAUGCCAUAAUGCGCUGGACGGCGGGCUGCCAACGCGGAGCCGCCGCCAUGGGCCGCGACAUUGACGUGGCACGAAAGUACAAGGGAUGGUUACAACAAGCAGGCUUCGUUGACGUGGUCGAGAAAAAGAUUCUCCUGCCCUUGUCUCCUUGGCCACAAGAUCCCCAGUUCAAAGAAAUUGGAAGAUGGCAGAUGCAAAACAUGAUUGAAGGGACUCGCGGUAUCGGCUGGAAGAUGCUCAGCGCCGCGGGCAUGGCGUCGGACGAGAUCGAGGCCCUGGUGUCCGAGGUGCUCACCGAACUGAGGAAUCGCCAAAACCACUCGUACGCCUAUGUUUAUGUUAUCUACGGCCGCAAGCCGUUGGACGGUGAAGAAGUUGGGUUUCCUGAUCAGCAGGAUUCUUUCACAUCUUAA